AGGAACUCUGAGAUUCACAGUGUCGGAAAAGCUGACUUGACUCUUCAAACACUAAAGCAGAAACCGUCGGACAAUGUGUAAAGGAUUAGCCGCCCUACCCCAAACCUGCAUCGAAAGGGCCAAGGAGAUCAAGUCGAAAUUGGGAGUUUUACUGCAGAAGCCAGAAAAUGCCAUCGACCUCAUCAUCCCCUACCCGGAGAAGACUGAGAAGAAGCCGGAGAAGCUGCAGAAGCCGACUCCUGAUGAAGCUGCUCAGUGGCGUGAGAGUCUGGACAGAGUCCUGAACAACAGCUACGGCCUGGCUGCUUUCCGCAGUUUCCUGCAGUCCGAGUUCAGUGACGAGAACAUCGAGUUCUGGAUGGCCUGUGAGGAGUUCAAGAAGAUCAAGAACCCCGUGAAGAUGUCCGCCAAGGCCAAGAAGAUCUACGAAGACUUCAUCCAGUCCGAGGGACCCAGAGAGGUGAACAUUGACCACUUCACCAAGGAUGUGACCCUGAGGAACCUGGUGGACCUCUCCCCCGGGACCUUCGACCUGGCCCAGAAGAGGAUCUUCGCCCUGAUGGAGAAAGACUCCUUCAGUCGUUUCCUCCGUUCCGAGCAGUACCAGGACCUCCUGGUCAACUAAAGCAGGACUCAGAGGAGCCGGGGUGGGAAGGUGGGGUUACUUUCAAACAGCAGUUUCUUAACAUGAUAAAAAAAAUCAGGAUUAAGUUUUUCUAAUAAACGGCCACUGUGUAAAACAGUUUGAGGACUUUUAUUUUUACCAAAUUCAAAUCAUGAGGGGAAAGAAAUUUAAAUCUAAAAAAAAAAAAGUUUUGAAUUCAGUUAAAGAGACAAACUGCCUUUUGAAAUAGCACCAUCUCCCCACCGCAAAACACACGCACACUCAUACAUGUUCCUGAAUUUCUGUCCUAAUUAGGAGCCUUGAUGAAAUUCCUUGUCCUUUCAGAGACGUAAGAGUCGCCUCAGUUGUAGAAAUGUAAAACAUGUAAAAACUUGAUUGGUUCUCACACAAAAGGAAGAAGUUCAGGAACAAACAUUGAAAACACACACAAGAUUUUAAAUUAGGCCCACGUUUUAAAAUGCACAUACAGAGAUUGCUCUUCUUGGAGUCAGAUUCACCUCCGUGUGUCAGCGAACCCAUCGACUGCAAUUCAUUUUGAAGCCUAUUCCUGAAAUAACUUUCUGACACAGAGCGGCUUCGCUCCAGUAACGUUGGCCCGCGUGAGAAGGAGAAGACGACUCCAUCAUUUUCUCUGGCCGCCAUUUUUUUUGUUUCGUCUUCAAAAAUUAACCCUAAAACAAUUUGGUGCGGAAAACCCAAAACAUCCAAAGUAGACCAGCUAUAAUCGUGCGGUGUUCACACAGCCUGAAAACUUACUUACCGUUCUAAAAAACCUGUAAUCCAGGUGUAGUAGUGCCUGGCACUUACUAGCCACAGCAUCACAACACAUACAGUUAGCAAAGCUUUACCCCGGGGCUGAGUUGUACACCAGAGCUCCACUGGUCAUUGUCUUGUAACAAUAUAUCAUCACAGAUAUCAAUUAUUCACAUUAUUCACAUUUACUGAACACCUCAGGCCUAAACACUGCCACACUUUCUAUACACUGGUGGAUACAUCUGAGUCUACAAAGUCCAAGCUCAGUCGAAAACCUUUUAAAAGUUUUUUUUUUUUUUUUUUUUCAUGGAAACACUUUCAGCUUUUACAGCAGAAAUGUUCAGUCCUUGUGCAGUGUCCAUUGGUAUUAUAGAGUAGUACAGAUGGAUGUCAGACUCAUUGUUAAGUGAAUUGUAGCUUCCUCAACAAGAGGCUCAAAGGUAUUAAUGUUAUUUUCAGUGCUUGGGAAAGACUUGUCUGUUUUGUGUCUCUCUUUGGGAGUAGUGGGUGAGUGAAUUCCCUGUAAUGAUUUCCAGCAUGGACCAAAUAUUUUCUAAUUUUAAUAAUAAAAAAAUAUAUAUGUAUCUAACAUACUGAAAUAGUAUCAACUUAACUCAAAUAUCUCCUCAUCUGUUCUCCACUCUUCUCUCACACACUGGUGUAGAUGUUGGAUUUUCACCAAACCCCACACUUUUAGGUUUGCGAAAGCAUCCUGUGAGAGCCAUUCAUGAGGACGGUGCUGGCUGGUUGGCUCGGCGGUCUAGCUCCUUGGCUACCGCUAAACUGCAAGUUGCUAAGAUGGGAAUAUCAAGUAGGAGGGAAUCUCAGAAAAUGAAGUAAACAGGGCAGUGGUUUUACAAAGAGAAGGGUCUUUUUCCCAUGCGGUAAAUACCAGCGAGUCACUAAAACAGGUCCAGGACCUGGUUUUAGUGCAAAAUAAAAAAAAAAAAAAUGCAUGGGAGACAGAAUUUGCAAGUUUGCAGCACUCGGCGAUACCUCUAGUGCAGGGGUCUUCAACAUUUUUCAGGCCGAGGACACCCAAACUGAUGGAGAGAUUAACCUAUUAUAUGUGUUCUAUACACAUUAGUAUUAUCAUUAAGCCGUCCCUUAUCCCUUUACUAAAAUAUGUCAGUUUCAUGCUAAUGUGUAUGUAAAGAAAUAUAAAUUUGUGGGGGAAAAUUAAAAGAAUAUUUUAAAGAAUGUUUAAACAACUAAAGAUUCUGCAACCCCCCCUUGCAGUACAUUUGCAGACCCCCUGUUGAAGACCUAUGCUCUAGUGGAUACUGAUUAAAAUCAUUCUAUCACGGGGUUUAGAUCAAUAAAUCAGUCAAACGAGUACAUACCACGAGUUAUUAUUCACUCCUCUAUUAUGUAAUAGACACAGGUGUUCGCCAGCUGACGCUCGGCUCAGAUAUGAAAGGAUGUAUCGGUGGAUUUGGUGUGCAAUGUUUCCCAAAUAUAUACAUUUAGCUGAAUGUAGCAAUCGUUAAGUGUGACUAUAUUUACUCUUGUCUGAUUUUUUUUUUUUUUUUGUUAACAAAAGCAUUUUAUGUCUUAACCAAAAUGAAUAUAUUCAGCAUGUUACAAGUCCCUAUUGUUCCCUCAAAUAGAAAUAGGCCACACAGAACUAAACAAGAACAGCUGAUCUUCAUCAACAACAUGGAUUGUGUUAACAAAUUCACAAAGAAAUCAUCUGUAAUCUAUUUCGGUUUUGAACGGCAUUGACAAGGGUUCAUUGUGGCGCAGAUUGGCCAGUCUGGCGUCACGGCCUAAAGUGUUGUAAGUCAACAAUCAAUACAGUUCAAUAUCACGGGCGGGAGAAAUAAUCAAUAAGGGCUUUAACAGUGCUGAGUAUGCAUUACUGGAUGUAGCCUCUCAUGUACGUUUUGUAGUCGAUCACAUAAAAUAUAUAUAUGCAUACAAUACCUGAAGAUGUAUUUAUUUAUACGUGUAAAUAUCUUCUAAGUUAUUCUAACAGACAACAAUGGAAUUUCAUGGAUCUAUGAAUGGAGAGCUGCCAAAGACUCUUCCCUGAGUCUUUUCACUGUUAUAAAAGAGGAAACAUCAUUACUUUCAAUUGUCACUUUGUUUUUGUUCAUUCAUAGAUGUUAGAAUGUUUGUAAAAAAAAAAAAAUAAAGGGUUCAUUCUUGGGC